AGUGAGGGCACUAAUGUGCCUAAACCGACCAUGAACGAACAAAGUGAAGUGAAUUAUCGGAGAAAAGAAAUUUUUUAUCCAGUUUAUAGAAAUUAUAAAUAUGGAUUCCCAGGAAGCAGUGCUUUGAGUUCUCAACUCAUCUGA